AUGGCUGUUGAUAAAUAUACCCAUUUCUACGCCUGGACGAUCUUGUCUCUGGCGGCUUUGGCGGUGUAUUGGGCCGAGGACAGCGUAGCUGCCAAAUUCAUCGCUGGUGUCCUUGCCCUGGCCGGGCUGUACAUCGGCAGCAAGCUCAUGCCCAGGGGUCGCGUCCACCCCGAGGGUAAGGUAGUGUUUAUCACGGGGUGCGACACGGGGUUCGGCAACGGUCUGGCGAGGCGGCUGGAUGGCUGCGGCUUCACUGUGUACGCCGGCUGCUACACUCCAGAUGGCCCAGGUGCCCAAAGGCUCGUCAGGGAGUCUUCGGGCAGGCUGACCAUCGUCCCUUGUGACGUCACGUCCGGUGAAUCUGUGGCAGCGGCGAGGGACACUGUCAAGGCUGGCCUACAGCGGCAAGGCUCCGUCUCGACUUUUGUCUUCAUUUUGUCAGAGCUAUUUGCGGUGGUCAACAAUGCAGGUAUAUGGCGCUGGGGUCCAGUUGAGUGGACGCCCGUCAAGCAGUACAAGGAGGUAGCUGAGGUCAAUGUGUACGGGAUGAUUCGAGUUACUCAGGCCUUUUUGCCACUCAUCCGCAAAGCAAAGGGUCGUUUUGUGAAUGUCAGCAGCGUUAACGGACUGUGGACCGGGCCUUGUGUCUCCAGCUAUCACAUGACAAAAUACGCUGUGGAAUCCUUCACCGAUGCACUGCGACGUGAGAUGAACCCAUGGGGUGUUAAGGUCGUUUUGAUAGAACCUGGCGAAUACGGGAAGUUGACCAACAUCGCCUUGCAUUCCCGUGAGUCGCUACUGGCCAUCUCAAACCCGCUUUGGGACGGUGCGAGUGCCGACGUCCAAAGAGACUACGGGCGGGGCUACUUUGAAGGUUACGUGGCGCGACUGCACCAGGCGCGCGAGGAUUGCUGGGACGACGUCACACCUGUCUUGGACGCCAUGUUGGACGCGGUCGCCUCUCGCAGACCUAAGCAUCGUUACAUCAUCGGGGAGCUCUCCACGUACUGCACGGUAUACAAGUUCAUCCUCUUGCCGUCGUGGUUGACAGACGGCACAUUUUAUAAGCAGGACACCUUGUACCCAAAACCGGCCGCUUGUAGGGAAAAACAAGACUAAUCUUCAUGGGAUCUUUUAGACUUG